CACCUUCUGCGCCAGUGUGUGUAAAGGUUGCACUUCUGAUCUGACGGAUCUCGCGUUGAUAUUUCUAUUUUCACCAUUUACUCCGCAGUUUGAACAAUGAAGGUCAUCGCAUCAGCCCUCCUGUGCCUCCUGGCCGCCACCGGAGCCCUAGCCGCCGACUCGUGCUACCAGGACGUGUCACUGGACUGCGGGCAGGCCUCCAACACUCUUGCCCUGCCGAAAUGUAACGCGGUCUACGGCGACUACGACCGCCAUGGCGUGGUAGCUACAGAACUAAAAGGCUACGCCAACCUGCACCUAGAAAGGUCAUAUGAAUACCUUCUUUCUGCUGCAUUCUUCAACAACUACCAAACGAACAGGGCUGGAUUCAGCAAGCUGUUCAAGAAAUUAUCGGACGAUGCGUGGGAGAAGACCAUUGAUCUGAUCAAGCAUGUUACUAUGAGAGGCGACUCAAUGGACUUCGCCCAACGCAGUAAGAAAGUGGACAAGCGGAACUACACCGUUGAGCUUCACGAGCUCGAGUCUCUGGCCAAGGCUUUGGACUCGCAGAAACAGCUGGCCGAGGUGGCCUUCUUCAUCCAUCGCGAAGCCACCAGGAACAGCCCCAAGUUGCAUGAUGCUGAGAUCGCCCAAUACAUGGAGGAGAAGUUUGUAGAGGACCAAGCCAAGACGAUCCGCGAAUUAGCCGGCCACACCACCGACCUCAAGAAGUUCAUCACCAACGGACAGGACCUGUCCCUGUCUCUGUACCUCUUCGACGAGUACCUGCAAAAGGUCCUUUAAACACGUCCAAACGUGCCACCAAACCUCCACUAUUCACAAAUUUCAGUUAAAAAAACUACCAUUUUUGUUCAAAAAACUACCAUUUUCGUUCAAAAAACUACCAUUUUCGUUCAAAAACUACCAUUUCAGUUCAAAAAACUACCAUUGUAGUAGAUUAUUCCCCGUUUCAAUUUAGUCUGGUACAAAAUAGGCUGUUUAAUUAAUUGUUAAGUGAACUGUAUAUUAUUGUAAGUAUAAUCUGUGGUAUUUAGAAAGCAAUGUAGAUUUUUGGUUAUUUACAAAUAAAGAUUAAUUCAUUAACAACACA